AUGACCUACACAAAUUGGGAACAGGGACAACCGGACCAAGACGGGGGAAAAGACGAAGAUUGCUUGGAGGUAUAUCUCGCCAAUGGUAGUUACAAGGACGUGAGAACUGUUAACCUGGGCAAAUGGAACGAUUACAACUGUACAUCCAAACGUUCCGCAGCCGCAUGCCAGAAAUGGGCGUUCGGAGCCGUAAUCCCAAGCGUAGCUGCAACUGCAGCUCACAAUGGACGA